UGUAAACAAAACCAGCUGUCAGUAAAAACAUUUAUUUAUUUUACUUUGAACAAUAAUUUAAACGUUUAAUUUAGUUAAGAGUUAAUAAUUUUGUAAAAUGGAAGAAUUUAAAAAACCUGGUUUACCUGUCGCUCCUAUCAAAGUGGAAAAUCCAAACGCGCCUGCAAAGAAACCUAAUGAAAUUCCAGCAAAAAAUAUUGAAAGCAGUGUUGGAUCAACAACGAAACCACAAGUGCCAACACAAUUAUGUCCUUACAAAAUACCACAGUGGUCGGACAGGCCUAGUAAUGGAAAUAACUAUAGUUUUGAAGUCUUAAAGUCUGGACAAAUUAUCGAUGAAAUAAAAGAAUUGCAAAAUAAGGCUUUCUGGACUUUUGGUAGAUUACCGGAAAAUGAUAUAGAAAUGGCACAUCCCACUAUAUCUAGAUUUCAUGCAAUUCUACAAUAUAGGCCAAAAUCAAAGCAGGUUGAACAUAUAAAUCAUAACGAGGAAGAGUUAACUGAUAAAUCGGAAAACAACAUUGAAGACAAAAGCCCUCCAGAAGGUUGGUAUAUAUACGAUUUGGGUAGUACCCAUGGUACCUUUUUAAAUAAACAAAGAGUGCCAGCCAAAGUUUAUAUACGUGUAAGAGUUGGCCAUAUGCUGCGAUUGGGAGCCAGUACUAGAUCAUACAUUUUACAAGGUCCUUCUGAAGACGAAGAGCCCGAGUCAGAGUUAUCUAUCACAGAGCUUAAAGCCAAGCGCCAGCAAGAGUUGGAGCAAGCCGCUUUAGAAAAGAAACGUUUAGCUGACGAAGCCAUAGAAAGGGCUAAUAAUGAAGGUUGCAGUUGGGGUAUGGGAGAAGAUGCUGACGAAGAAACCGAUUUAACCCACAAUCCAUAUGCCAGCUCAAACAAUGAAGAACUUUUUUUGGACGAUCCCAAAAAAACAUUACGUGGUUAUUUUGAAAGGGAAGGCCUGGAAUUAGUAUAUAAAUGUGAUGAAAUGUCAGCUGGUUCAUUUGUAUGUCGUGUUGAAUUGCCCAUUGAUGAUGCAAAUGGUCGUCCGAUUGUAGCCGAAGUGGUUCACAAAGGCAAAAAGAAAGACUGUGUUGUACAAUGUGCAUUAGAAGCUUGUCGUCAUUUAGAUCGUCAUGGUGUUUUAAGGCAAGCAAAUCAAGAGCCUCUAAAGAGAAAACAAAAGUCUCAGGACUCCGGUUCAGAUGAUGAUGAAUAUUGGGAUCGUACCGGUGAUGUUGCUAGAAAGAAACAAAGAAAAGCUAAUGCUAAUACAAGUGUUACUUUAACCUAUGAAGAUUUGCUCAAACAAGAACGUGAAAUCGAAGAGCAAACAAAGCAAAUCGAUUCGAAAAUACAGGAAUAUCAUGCACAACAACAACGAUUAAAGGCAAACAAAUUGGAAGAUGGGGAGGAUUUAGAUGCAUUUAUGAAAAAUUUGCAAGGAAAUGAAAUGCCAAUGGACAAAACUGAAAUUCGUAAAUUGAGACUUGAAGAACAAAGAUUAAAAUCUGAAAAACAAAGAGUACAGAGGCUUAUUAAAAUUGCAAAACCCAUAGAUUUGCCAUUUAGCAAACCAAGCUCAGAUGACAAACAAUCUGAAGUAAACGAACAGUCAACAAUAAAGAAGCAAUUACCAAUGAUUGGUAAACGUAAUCAAUUUAGUAAAUUCAAAAUUGUUAAAGUGCAAUCAACAUCUAGCACAUCAAAGACAUCAAAGCCUGCCAAAUUUCUUGACUCCGAUGAAGAAGAAAAAGACGAUGUUGAAGAACCAGUUAAAAAUAAAUUAAUGGAAGGUAAAGGUAGUAAUAACGACAUAUCAGACAAUGUUCCAAUAAAUGAAAGUAAAUAUAACUCAGCAGAAGAUGUUAAAGAAAUAACAUCUAAAAUAACAAAUAGUGAAGAGGUAACAGAGAUAACUUUGUCAGUUCCCGAUAAUGAAAAUGGUGUAGAUAAAACUUUAAAACAAGUUAGUAACGAAAUAAAAGAAGAAAACGUUGAAUGCAAUAGCACAGAAUCCUGUAAUAGUGGUAAAAAACGUCGUCAUCGUAUACGUCAACGUGGGAAACGUCAAGAAGUUGAUAUGAUGGAAGAUGAUGUAGAAGAAUCAUCCGAUAAGUAUGCCAAAUGGGUACCACCAGAAAAUCAAACCGGUGAUGGUUUUACUGAAUUAAAUAAAAAAUUUGGUUAUUAAUAAAAUCGAUUAGAAAGUUUGUAAUACAAACAUUUAAAAUAAUGACUAUGUAUGUAUUUACGUAUUUUUAAGUCUUUAAAAAAUUUCUCAAUUUAAAUAAACAGUAAGUUCAUUUUUUCAAACA